GUUUGAGACGCGGUCACGGACGCAGAUCCUGCUGGUCUCAUUGGCUUCCGCGGAGCCAAGACAGCCAUGCGUCCGACUUAACAUUGACCAAGUGGUACUUCAUUCCAAACUUCGUAUUACUUACCAUUAGCAAUACAACAGCAAUGGAUCCUCUCUUUUUGUCUCUCUCUUCCGCCACCGCACAGGACAACUUGUGGUCUUCAACUGGAUUCGGUCAAGUGGAGGUUGCAACUCGGAGGCGAUGGUCUAGAAGGACGGCCGCGCGGAAUCAUCCAUUGCUGUGUAUGAUGUUGAUUAAUGUGUCAUUGACCUUAUACUUAUGCUUACUCGGAUUUUUUUUCUUGUCCUUUCCUGUUUCCCUUCCGUUCUGGCCGUGCCUGGACGGGCUGGACCUGGAGACUAUGAUCCAUGGAAGGGAGCUGCGGCUUAUAAUUGCGCAGAUAACAUACAUAAUGGUGGGCCUUGUGCGGUUUCAGGUCGGCUAUCCCGUCCGUAACCCAAGGUCACCAACGGCGAGAUCCACGGACAACGAGGUAUGUAAAAUCGCAAAGUGCAAAUCACACAGUCCUUUCGGCUUCGGACAUCCAUGGGUAUUCUCAUCUUUGGUACGCGUUGCGAGAUACACUUAAAUAGGGUACAUCAUAGUUACGUGAAGGGGCCGAUCAUGGCCUGGAAAUCCGGGCAGACAGGCAAGCAAGCCAUGUGACACCCACACUGGACUAAACUCAACUUCCGCUUUGCAAGGUUCGAAGGCGCUGGUCCGCGAUCUCUCAAUCAUUGAUCGCUAUCCACACAUUGUCAAUCCUUUCUCCUUGGGAUCUGACGCCUGUUCCGAUCAAUGUGAUUGCCGAUUGCUUAUCUCAAAAGAACAACCCUUUGUUAUCAACCAUAGAUCCUCCUUCCUUUCAUCGAGCAGAUAGAUAGCUUUACCGGGCCACGGCCAAUAGAAUUGGCCAAAGGC